AUGGUCCGGGUAGAAGCUCGUAAGAAUCAAAGGAUGCAAGAUGGUGGAGUUCAUGCCGUCCAGGAAGAGCCUCUGACUAUGGCUGAAGAACCCAUCCCCUGGGAGGAGGUACAACUAUAUGCUGAACGCCCUGAAAGUCUAACUUGCAUAGCAAGCGACCUGCCUCCUCCUCUCAAGGAAGAAUUAGUCCAAUGCUUAAUCCACAACCGGGAUGUCUUCGCAUGGUCUAUAGAGGAGUUACUUGGAGUCAAGCCUGAAGUAGCGGAGCACAAGUUACAUCUACUACCGGACGCCCGACCGGUCAAACAGAAGAAAAGGAACUUCUCGGCCGACCAGAAUAAAAUAAUCAGAGCCGAGGUGGAUCAGCUCAGGAAGGCAGGCCACGUCCGAGAGGUGCAGUUCCCAGCUUGGCUCUCUAAUGUGGUCUUAGUUCCUCAGACUUUGAAGGAAACACAGAAGCUGGUAGGCAGAAUAAUAUCCCUGUCAAGGUUCAUUUCCAGAUCUGCAGACCGAGCUUCUCCAUUCUUCAAAGUGCUUAGAAAGGCCUCCAAGUUCAAGUGGGAUGAAGAAUGUACUCGAGCUUUUGAGGAGCUGAAGAAGUAUUUGGAGGCUCUACCGUCCUUAUUCAAGCCAGUUGUCGAAGAACCACUGUGGGUUUACUUGUCUGCUACCCCUGAGGUCGUGGGGGUUGUGCUUGUUAAAGAACAGGAUAAUGUACAAUGGUCGGUGUAUUUCUUCAAUCACCUAUUGAAAGGGGUCGAAUCCCGAUAUACGACCCUAGAAAAUUUGGUUUAUGGAUUGGUUCUUAUGGCUCGACGGUUAAGACCAUACUUCCUGGCACACCCUAUCAUGAUUAUGACCAAUAGCACCAUGGGAAGAGCUCUGACCAAUAUAGAAAUGGCAGGUCGGCUUAUCAAGUGGGCAACGGAGCUAGGAGAAUAUGACAUACAAUACCAGCCACGCACAGCCAUUAAGGCGCAGGCCUUGGCAGAUAUUUUAACGAAAAUUCAUCAGACCAACUCUGAAGAAACCUGGAAGGUCUAUGUGGAUGGGUCAACAACUCACCAAGGAAGCGGGGUCGGGGUCUUGUUGAUAUCUCCCCAAGGGGAUAUACUUCAAUUGGUUGUCCGGUUGAAUUUUCAUGCCACUAACAACGAGGCAGAAUAUGAGGCUUUGUUGGCAGGACUGCAGGUAGCCCGACACGUAGAGGCUGCCCGGGUAAUCAUUUACUCAGAUUCUCAGCUAGUAACUCAUCAAGUGGCCGGCAACUUUGUGGUAAAUUGUGAUAAAUUACAAGUAUACCGGGAAGCGUACGAGAAAAUGGAGGAAGAAUUUGUAGAAGUUACAGUAACUAAGUUCCCCAGGGCAGAGAACGAGAAAGCGGAUGAGCUAGCAAAGAUAACCAGUUCCUUAACCACUUAG